UUCAUACAAGGCGUUAAAUUGAAUCAAGUAGUAGAUUUCGCCGCCUUUUACAUCUAUUUCCACAAUCCAUUAAGUUCGCUGCACCCGUUGCCUGGGAUCCUGGACAUUUCUAAUUUAUCGCUUUUUGAAACGUGGCAGAUCCAUUGAAAACCAUAAUACAUCGAUUGGGUAUUACCUUCGUUUAGGCUAAAUCUGCAAAAUGAAAAGCACAAGAGUGUUAAUUCGAGCCAAGGGACGUGGUCUCUGCAUUGAAAGAGGAUUGUAUGAUUGUUUACAAAAAGAAUUGUUUGCUGAUGUCACACUGCAUUGUAAUGGAAGAAAAAUACGGGCCAAUAAAGGGGUCUUGGCUGCAGCUAGCCCAGUUUUUUGCUAUCUUUUAAAGGAUUGGCCAUUGACUGAUGAUCCAUGUGUCAUCAUGGCUGGCUACACUGUAGAAGAGGUGCAAGGCCUUGUUCGCUAUAUCUACACAGGGCAACUUACUGCACCACAAGUUCAAGGAUCUUCAUGGGAAAAGAUCAUAGAUGAUUUUAAAGUUGGAUCUCCAAUAGAGCAUGAUGAUGAUUUAGCAAGCAUACAUGAACUGACAGAUUAUGGUGAUGCCUCACCAGUGUAUGAGCCAGAAGCUAAUGGGGUAUGCCAUCUCCAACAACCACAGCAACAGGUAUUUCAUCCAACGAGAAGUCCAGCUAAGGCUGUAGGUCCAAAGAUCGUAGCCGUUACAUCUCCGCGGCCUUUGAUCGUACAAGUGCAAAGCCUUACGCAACCGCAAUCCACAAACCAUGGCUUAGACAUAGCCAGUGAUGCCAAUGACAUUCCCAAUGAAAUGACGGUCGAUGAAGCAAACGAGGAACUUGCACCUGAAGUUGCAAUACCUUCCAUAGUGGGAAAACGGAGACUUGGGCGAGGUGGAAAAGUGUUGAAGCGGCUUCAGAGGUCGAAGCAGCCAGAUGAACCUCUUUCGUUGACAGUGCCACCGGUUUCAGUAGCAGCUCUUAAAAAACUCGCUCCUAAAAAAACGAAGCCAUCAUCUAAAUUUGCUCGGAAAAAGUAUGCUUGCCCCCACUGUAGUCGACGCUUUCUUACCAGAGGGAACAUUAAAAACCAUCUACGGAUACACAGCCGGGACAAACCAUUCCAAUGCCCGGUUUGCCAAGAUUUGUUUUCCUACCAAGGUGUUUAUCAGCGUCAUUUAAUGAAGCAUUGUGAACACAACGAAAUUGGUGACAAUGAAAUAGCGCCAAUGAUUGCCGACUCACUCCGUUUAGCUGACGAAAUCGGUAUUCUAAAUAAAAAAACAAUCAGUGUUGUAGAAGGGGAGGAACAGCAACGGAAAAAAGAACUUGAGGAAAAAGAGCAUCAAAAUGCGGAAAAAGAUGUUACACCCGAAGCAGAAGAAGAUGAGAACGCAGAAUUGAUGGAAGACGAAGAAGCAAAAAUAGCGCUAAAGUUAAAAGACAAAACAAAAGUAGCAGGCUCAUCGGAAACCAAUGUUAGUUCAGAUGAGAAAGUAGAUAACAACCAAAUUGAGGGGGGAAAUGAUACAGCAAAAGAAGAUGAGGCGGAGGAGGUUAAAGGGAAAGUGACUAAAAAAAAAGAUUCGACCAAUGUCAGUCUUAAGGGUAAACAGAAUCUUCCCGCAGCCCAAAAAGAGAAAACGCCACCUAAACCGCGUGCAAACUAUCACUACCAAGUCAUAGAAUGCGACUUUUGCCCCAUGCGUUACCACAAAUGGAGUGCCUUUUAUAUCCACCGUUGCACCCAUACAGGAGAAACGCCUGUCAUCCCUUGUAGCGUUUGCGAAAUGGAAUUUCCGAACAUCAAAGCUUUAAAGGAGCACAAGAUCAAGGAACAUCGUGAAUCCAUCUUUCCAUGCGAAGGAUGUAGUCGAACUUUCUUAUCAAAAAGCGCUCUGCUCUUGCAUCAACCCGUCCAUUCAACCGAUUUGAAUUAUCAGUGCCGUUCUUGUCCAGAAAAGAUGCGGACAUUUAGAGAGCGUUACGUACACGAGCGGACUCAUACGACAGCAGAUGUGACUCAGACUCCUCACCAGUGCACUCACUGCCAAAAGCAGUUUAAUACAUUGGUGAACUUGCGGUAUCAUCUAAAGGUGUGUGGGAAGGAAAUGGAUUCCAGCACGGUUUAAACGGCAAGAUAUAAACACUUUUAGCUGGAUCAGCGCCAAUUCGAAAGUACUAAGAAAAGAUCAUUUUCAUUUUGGCAUGUAUUGAGGUAAUCUAGACAGCCAACAUUUUUUUUUAAGUGCCCCCCAUGUUUUCGUCCACAAUCCAACAUUUUUUCCCCUUCCCUCACGCCUUUUUCUAUUUCUAUUUCUUUCGAUUUUUGACACCGUUUAAUUUCCUUUGAUUGUUCGAAGAACAUGUUACAUGCGACUGAGCAGUGGAUUUGCGUCAAAGAUUAAAACCGCAUUUAUUUUUUCUUUUGAAACGGAGAGGACGUAGUAACGAUUUAAUGUUAAAUUUUUGGACGAGAAAAGAAUAAAGGGAAAAUCUUUUCAUUUUAAA